AUGACCUCUUUGCCUUACCGUAAAGGCUCACGACAGGCCUCCUUGGAUCCCCGCAAUGAUCUGUCAGUACACAUGGACCAUUUCAUCGGUAUAGAUGUGGGGACAGGUAGUGCGCGGGCCUGCAUCAUCGAUGCCAAGGGAGACAUUGUAGGCCUAGCCUCAGAAAACAUUGGACUCUGGCAACCGGAGCACGGCUACUAUGAGCAAUCCACAUCUGAUAUCUGGCGCUGCAUCUGUAAAGCCGUGCAACGAGCCAUCAGCGAACAGAAUGUUAACCCAGAGACUGUCCGUGGUGUCGGAUUCGAUGCAACUUGCUCAUUGGCUGUAUUCAAUACCGAGACCGAUGAACCCAUCUCAGUGACGGGACCGAACUUUGACUCGGAUCGAAAUGUCAUUCUGUGGCUGGAUCACCGUCCUGGAGAUGAAGCGGCGAAGAUUAAUGCCACGAAUCAUAAUCUUCUCCGUUACGUUGGAGGCACCAUGUCCGUGGAAAUGGAGGUUCCUAAAGUUCUUUGGUUAAAGAAUAAUAUGCCUGCAGAGCUAUAUGAUAAGUGCCAGUUUUUUGACCUGGCAGAUGCACUUACCCAUAUCGCAACGGGCAAUGAGAAACGCAGCUUUUGCAGUGUGGUCUGCAAACAGGGAUAUGUUCCUGUUGGAGUGGACGGGAGUGUCAAGGGUUGGCAAGAGGAUUUCCUACAUGAGAUCGGACUGGGUGAUCUGACAGAGGACAAUUUUAAGCGCAUGGGCGGCGUUGACGGGGUGAAUGGAGAUUACCUAAGUGCUGGCGAGCUCGUCGGGCAUCUGUGUGAAAAAGCUGCGACGGAGCUAGGCUUGCCCGCCGGCAUCGCAAUUGGUAGCGGUGUUAUUGACGCAUAUGCUGGCUGGAUCGGUACAGUUGGAGCCAAGGUCAAUUUGGAUGCCGAUCAGCUAAACAACGAGGUCGCCAAAAACGAUCCUGCGCAGGCUUUCUCCCGCCUUGCAGCAGUUGCUGGAACCUCAACCUGUCAUCUGGCCAUGUCUCCAGACCCGGUCUUCGUGAAUGGGGUUUGGGGUCCAUACCGAGAUACAAUCAUUCCGGGAUAUUGGAUGGCUGAAGGCGGCCAGUCUGCGACUGGUGAAUUACUAAAGCAUGUUAUUGAAACACACCCAGCAUUCAACCAAGCGCUUUCAGUCGCCGAAUCCUACCAUGCCAAUAUUUACGAGUACUUGAACGAGCACCUCAAAGAAAUGGCGCAGGAGCAGAAUGCCCCAUCUGUCUCUUACUUAGGGAGACACUUCUUUUUCUACGGUGACCUUUGGGGUAAUCGAUCCCCUAUCGCUGAUCCCAACAUGACGGGAUCUAUCUUCGGUUUAACGAGUGAUAAAACGGUCGACGGUCUCGCUGUUUACUAUUACGCCACACUGGAAUUCAUUGCUCUGCAAACCAAGCAAAUCGUAGAGACAAUGAAUAACUCCGGCCACAAAAUCACCUCGAUCUUCAUGUCAGGCUCGCAAUGCCAGAACGAUAUUCUUGUUAAGCUCAUUGCGUCUGCUUGUGAUAUGCCUGUCGUGAUUCCACGGUACAUUCAUGCCGCAGUAUGUCAUGGUGCUGCCAUGCUUGGUGCAAAGGCUGCUAGUGCCAAUGACGAGGGUGUGACCGAGAAUCUGUGGGAGAUUAUGGAUCGUAUGAGCAAGCCUGGUAAGAAGGUAUUGCCUACGGUAGAUGCGAAGGAGAAGGCACUGUUGAAAGCGAAGUAUGAGGUCUUCCUCGAGCAGUGCUUCAAGCAGCAAAAGUACCGUCAGAUAGUCGAUGAGGCUGUGGGUGAUUGGGGCUCAGCUUAA